AAUGUCUAUAAAUUUUGAUAAUGGCUUUGACAGGAAGAGAAUUAUAAAUUAUAAUACAGAUUCUUUUGAUUGCGCUUUCUGCUCAUGUGUGCCAAGAGUACCAAGACAAUGUGCUAGUUGUGAUACUAUUUAUUGUCGCUUAUGCAUUGAAAAAUGGUUUAAACAAUCGAAGUAAUUUUAUUGAUAUAACUCAUUAGUGGUGAAAGUAGAGAUAAUUGCUGUUAACAAAAGACAAUUACUAAUUUAUGCUAACGAUUAUAAAAAAAUUAUAAUGAUCUACUUUUAAGAUGUAAUGUGUAAGAAUAUUUAGGUAUGAAAUGUCAAGAAGCUAUUUGUAUUAAUCAAAUUGAUUCGCAUGAGUUUGAGUGUGGUUUAAUCAAAUAGUGUAUAAAUUUCUAAUGUUGUGGGAAUAUUAUUCCAUAAGACAAUAUGAAUAAUGAUACUAUUUAAGUAAUUUGUCAUCUUAUACCAGUGUAGUGAUUAAUGUUGCUAAUUUUUGAGUCAAGUGAAAAAUAUAAAAAAUAAGUAAGAGAUAUUUAAAAGAGCAAGAGAAUUUUUAUUAUCGAACCCAUUUAACAAAAGCCACUUACCUAUUAGUGACGAGGAAAGAUAGAAUAUAAUGAAUCCCUUUAACUAAAUUACUAUUGGAAAUUCUCCAAUUGUCAUACGAUGGGAUAAAUCAAGGUGCGGUUCUAAUAUAAUCCUAACAGACGGAGAUUAGAAAGCCUUUCUUCAUGAACCAGCAUUUGUCUUUAAAUCUGUUGUUGCUGACUAUGGCUUUGAGUCGGGGAUUGCAUAUUGGGAAAUCGAGGCAGAUGACAGAACCGAAAACUAGUUAAAAAUUGGUGUGACAACUCAAAGGGACUUUAAUUUUAAUUCGUCUUUCUGUGAUUUUGAGUUUGGUUGGGCUUUCUAUGGAUUAGGACAAGUAGAUAAUUUAUAUCUAAACUAAGACACGUCAUAAUCAAAAGUAAAAUGGUACGAAUUUUGGAAAGUAAUUCAAAGAUAAGGGCACUUUGGGAGUUUGUUUAAACAUGGAUUAAGGGACAUUAAUGUUCAGUUUGAAUGGAGAUAACAUGGGUUGUGCUUUCAAAGAUGAAAAAUUGAAGCGAGGACCCAUUUAUCCAGCAGUAGCAUUAUUUCGCAAAGCCGGUUGUAAAAUAAUAGGUGAAAAACCUGUUCCAUAGAUAUUUUAAUAAUUUUGA